AUGUUAAAUGAGCUACUUGUUGAUGUUGUUAAAGCGAAGCAGUUCGUGAUUCAUCCCUGCUCCCAUCAUUCAUUCAUUUAUACCAAGAUGUGGACAAUUAAAAAAUACGACUUAGAAGUUGUCGGAUGGAGCAGAUGGAAUGACCUUACACUACAAACAAAACGUCGUUUAAGUGUAAUCACCUCACCUUGA